GAAUCUGGUUACGUGUUCAUCUCACUCUUUCCUUUUCACUUUUCAUUAUUUUUCUUCACUUUCACAUUUUUUCAUUCCUCAUUAAAUUAUCUCUUAUCUUCUUUCCCAUCAUCUUUCACUUCUCUUCUUCAUAAUCAUAACCCCAAAAAAAUAAGGUUUUGAGGAUGGGUUCUCUGCAAGGACCAGUUGUGUGUCCCUCUGUUCAUCCUAAAGUUGGAGGCUUUUGCAGCCUUUCUAUGAUUGGGCCAAUGAAUGUAAGAUGUGUUAGAACUGAGUUUUGGGGACUCAAGGAAUUUAAGAAGGGUUUUCUUUCUUGUCACGUGAAAAUACGGAAGAGCGAGACUAAAGUGUGUUGUAGUUUAGAUUCGUCGUCGAAUGGUGGCGGAAGUAUGGCUGAUAGUUUCGAUGAAAAUGAUGAAGAUUAUGUUAAUUCAAGUGUGAUUGAAGCUGUUGAGGUGAAGAGUGGAGCAGAUGGUUUCAUAAUCAAAAUGAGGAAUGGAAAACACUUGAGAUGUGUGCAUAACAAUCCUCAGGGAAGUCAUCUUCCAGAUUAUUCACCACACCCUGCUAUUGUUUUGAAGAUGGAAGACGGGACUGGUCUACUUCUCCCUAUAAUUGUUUUGGAGAUGCCAAGCGUCUUACUAAUGGCGGCAAUUCGCAAUGUUCCAAUCGCUAGGCCUACUUUAUACCAAGCAGUAAUGGAGAUGAUUGACAAAAUGGGUUACCAAGUUAGACUUGUCAGAGUGACUAGGAGAGUUGAUGAGGCAUAUUUUGCACAGUUGUAUCUUACUAAGAUUGGAAAUGAGGCAGAAUGUAGGAGUUUUGAUCUUCGACCUUCAGAUGCUAUCAAUAUCGCAGUUAGAUGCAAGGUGCCAAUACAAGUCAAUAAGUGCUUGGUGUACAGUGAUGGAAUGAAAGUAAUUGAAUCAGGCAAACUGUCAAUACAGAUACCUAGUUUUGAUGGACGGUUACUAACUGAAAUGGACAAGCCAAAUGGUCAGCCUUGUGCUGAAACCGACGAAUUCAAUCUUUUGAACAACAUGAUGAAAGCUGUUGUUGAAGAGCGCUACGAUGAUGCUGCAUCGUGGAGGGACAAACUUAAUCAACACAGGGCUGGUAAAAACAUCAAGAAAAGGUCCUGAAAUUAUAAACUCUACACAAUCAUAUAUUCUGGAUAUAAAUGAUAGCAGUGUCGUCUCUCUGUUCCUCGUCCUAUAUAUAUGCCGGCAUUCUCUGUGAAUAUCUGUAUAUAAUUGAACAUUAAUGUUGUUAAUGCACCGUGUGGAAAUAUAAAUAUCCAAUGCUUGUUUAGUCCUAAAAAAACUGUUUAUAUGUAAUUACUUUAAACUUUGGGAUACUGCUGUAAAUAAUGACUUUGUUC